AUGGCUGCGCCCAUGACCAAGCCGGUGACACACGUCGUGUUUGACGUGGAUGGUGUUUUAAUAGACACAGAACAUUUAUAUACUGACAUUGUUCAAGGGAUUGUGGGUCAGUAUGGGAAGACAUUUACAUUGGACAUUAAAGUCAAACAGAUGGGCAGGAAGGAGCCAGAAUCAGCAGCCAUUGUUAUAGAGGCCCUAGAUUUACCACUGACUGUGGACCAGUAUCUAAAAAUGGCCCAUGAACAACAAGAGAAAUUGUUUCCUUCUGUUGAAGUAAUGCCAGGAGCAGAACGACUAGUCAAACAUUUACACAAACAUGGAGUUCCUAUUGCCACUGCCACUGGUUCUCAUACACAGAGUUUUGAAUUAAAAACAUCCAAUCACAAAGAUUUAUUUUCUUUGUUUCAUCACUGUGUUCUGAGUGGAGAUGACCCGGAGUGUAAACAUGGCAAGCCAGCACCAGAUUGUUUCUUACUGGCUGCCAAAAGAUUUCCUGACAAUCCAGAACCCAGUAAAGUGUUGGUGUUUGAGGAUGCUCCUAAUGGUGUGGAGGCAGCCCAUGCAGCAGGGAUGCAAUGUGUGUGGUUACCGCACAAAGGAAUAGAUAUACAAACACAUAGACACAUGGCUACACUGGUGCUAGACUCACUAGAGGAAUUCAAGCCCGAGAUGUUUGGACUGCCUCCAUUUGACAGUUAAUCAACAAAGUCAAAUUAUUUAGUUAUUUAAUAGCAACGUUUUAGUUAUCCAAAUUGCAAUGAAAAUAGCUAGUGCCUUAAAUAGCUAGUAAAAAUGAAAUAAGUUAUUUUGAGGUACUAGUGCCAUAACUAUAUAAUAAGUGUAUGUAAAGUGGUAGAUAUAUAUUUAUUCAAGAUUUCAUGAGAAUGAUAGUGAUUAUUUUUUAUCUCGGAUUUAUUU